GUGUUAGAGCAGAUCAGCGCUGGAAGAUGAGGCUCUGCUGGAACGAGCAGUGAGGAUUACAGUGAUUUGACUUGCUAAACGACAAGACAGGACCAUUUUUUAUCUGCCAGACAACUUUAUACGUACUUCAGCAUGCCUCGUUCAUUCCUAGUAAAGAAGCAUUUCAAUGCAGCUAAGAAACCGAAUUAUAGUGAACUGGAGAGUCCGACAGUGUUUAUUUCUCCAUAUGUCUUAAAAGCCCUCCCGGUGCCUGUUAUACCUCAGCCUGAAGUGUUAAGCCCGGUGGCGUACAAUCCCAUAACAGUAUGGACUACCAGCAACCUGCCACUGUCGCCCCUUCCCCACGACCUGUCCCCCAUAUCCGGAUACCCCUCAUCUCUCUCUGACACAUCCUCUAAUAAGGACCACAGCGGUUCGGAGAGCCCCAGAAGUGACGAAGACGAGCGGAUACAAUCCACCAAGCUGUCGGACGCUGAGAAGUUUCAGUGCGGUUUGUGUAACAAGUCCUACAGCACGUAUUCGGGACUCAUGAAGCACAAACAGCUGCACUGCGACGCACAGAGUCGGAAAUCGUUCAGCUGCAAGUACUGCGAGAAGGAAUACGUGAGUCUAGGAGCCCUAAAGAUGCACAUAAGGACACACACGCUGCCGUGCGUUUGUAAAAUGUGUGGAAAAGCUUUCUCCAGGCCUUGGCUGCUGCAGGGACACAUUAGAACACACACGGGUGAGAAACCGUUUUCCUGCCCCCACUGCAGUCGUGCAUUCGCAGAUCGAUCGAACCUCCGAGCCCACCUGCAAACCCACUCAGACGUGAAGAAAUACCAGUGCAAGAACUGCUCUAAAACAUUCUCUCGCAUGUCGCUGCUGCACAAACAUGAGGAAUCUGGCUGUUGCAUCGCACACUGAGAGGCCUGCAUUCAACAAGUGCCUCCGAUUGGGAAGACUGAUCUCAGACCUGUCAGAUUCAACUGGAAAGGAAGUGCAAAAUGCAUCGCAAAAGACGAUUUCAAAAUGCACCUCCCCAGGGUCUGAAUGAAUCAAAUGUUUGUGUUGAGUCAGAUUCCAACCAAGAUGCUACACGUUGAAGGGAUAGUUUGCCUAAAUGAGAAUUUAAUCACCAUUUAAUCACCCUUUAUUUGUUCCAAACGUUAAUGACUUUUGAACCAUUGACUGAUUUGUUUUUCCUACUAUGGAAGUCAAUGGUUACAGAUUUCAAAAUGGUUACAUUCUUCAAAAUAUUUUCUUUUCUGUUCCACCAUAACCAAUUGGAACCACUACAAAUCCUGUUAUCAUUGACUUCCAUUUGUUUUUUUGUUUUUUUACUAUGUAAGUCAAGGGUUACAGGUUUCAAACAUUCUUUAAAACAUCUUUUGUGUUCAACCAUAACCAAUUGGAACCACUAAAACUUGUAACCAUUGACUUCCAUUUAAUUGUCUUACUAUAGAAGUCACUGUAACCAUUGACUUUCAUUUGUUUUUCCUACUAUGGAAGUCAGUGGUUACAGCAUUUAAACAUGCUUCAUAAUAUCUUCUUUUGUGUUUGACCAUAACCAAUUGCAACCAUUACAAAACCUGUAACUAUUAACUUCCAUUUAUUUUCCUACUAUAGAAGUGUCUGUAACCAUUGACUUCUAUUUGUUUGUCCAAACGUGGAAGUCAAUGGUUACAGGUUUCAAACAUUCUUCAAAAUAUCUUCUUUUUGUGAUCAACCAAAACCAAUUGGAACCAAAGCAAAAUCUGUAACCAUUGACUUCCAUUUAUUUGUCUUACUAUAGAAGUCACUGUAACCAUUGACUUCCAUUUUUUGUUUUUUGCAAAUGUGGAAGUCAAUGGUUACAGGGUUUCGAACAUUCUUCAAAAUAUCUUCUCUUUGUGAUCAACCAUAACCAAUUGGAACCAUUACAAAACCUGUAACUAUUGACUUCCAUUUAUUUGUCCUACUAAUGAAAGGCAAUGGUUUGAGGUUUUGAACAUGCCUCAAAAUAUUUUCUUUUGUGUUCAACCAUAACCAAUUGGAGCUAUUACAAAACUGGUAACAAUUGACUUCCAUUACUUUUUCCUACUAUAAAAGUCACUGUAACCAUUGACUUCCGUUGCAUUUGUUAUUCUUAUUAUGGAAGUCAAUGGUUACAGGUAUCAAACAUGUCUCAAAAUAUCUCUUUAUUUUUCUACAAAACCAUUGACUUCCAUUGCAUUGUUUUUCCUAUUAUGGAGGUCAAUUCGGGUUUUGAACAUACCUUAAAGUAGCUUCUGUUGUGUUCAACUAAAACCAAUUGGAAACACUAAAGAGAGAGUAAACAGUGAGGAAAUUAUCAUGUUUUUGCGUGAACUAUCCCUUUAAUUAAAACUGACCCAAGACUCUGAGCUGGUUGCUGGAGAACCUUCAACACCCUCAUAAAAGAAAAGACUGUUUGCAGGAACUCAUUCAUUUCAGUGCAAACGCAGAUUGUCAUGCGGACACCAUCAUGUGCCUUCCAUUUCAACAGUAUUUGCCCUGUAUUUGGGGGUUGAGCUGAUGCGUACUGUACAUUUGUUUACGAGUAUGUACUAUUUGGGAGGUUUUUUUAACACUCGCCUCUCUAAAAAAGCAAUAAUUUAUAGUGCGACCGAAUGUUAAUUGACGGUCACUUGUAUUUUAAACAUUUUUGGAGAGGUAAUCGGUCAGAUAUUUCAACCCAAUGAGCUUGAGACCAAAGGAAUAAUUAAUGCCAUGUUUUUUUAUUAAUAAAACGGGGAACAAGUGCAAAGUGAUGUUUUCUUGAACUACAAGUAUUUAAGCUGUUGUGUGGUCAAACGCAACAGCAGUCAGCCAGCACUCAGACAUGCAAUACUUCUGCCAUGUGCCUUUAUUUCAUCAGGAACUUCAGAGAUUUCGCCAUGUAAUUGUUUUUUUGAAUGUAUAUGACACUGAUAUGAUUGUACUUUGUAUUGCAAAGUGUAAAUGGAUGGUAUGAUUUUGUACAAAAAUAAAAUGUACGCUUUUUUUAAAUACA